GAAGAAGACGAGCUACCAGAAGACCGAUUCCACCGCAAGGACAUGCUGUCGAUGCACAUUUUAGACCAGCGCAAGGCCGAUCGGGCCGAGAAGGCGAAAAAGUCCGAGGACGAGCGCAAAGCGCGCAAGGCUGAGAACGACGCCAAGGUUGCAGCAGCCAAGGCGGCCGGCAAGACGUGGCGGGAAAUGUACCCCAACGAGCCCGAGACGACGUUCGUCGACCUCGGCGAGAUGCUGCAGAAAGAGGCAGCGACGGUCGUCCUCGAGCCCCAAGCGAUGCCGGAGUCGGAGAUCGCCAAGGCCGUCAAGACCGAGUGGACUGGCGCGACCAAGAUGGAGUUUGCAAGCAGUUUGGCGUUCGAGUUGCUGGAUUGA